CAAUUGCAGGCGGCAGCACGUGGUGGCGCAGUUGGCUCCCCACCCUCCUCGGCCACCAUAGUGUUGGACGGUUGGCGGGACCCUUCAUAGGCCUGUGCAAUGGCGUCCCGUUACGACAGGGCCAUCACGGUCUUCUCCCCAGAUGGACACCUUUUCCAAGUGGAAUAUGCCCAGGAAGCGGUCAAGAAAGGAUCCACUGCGGUUGGAAUUCGAGGUACCAAUAUAGUUGUGCUUGGGGUAGAAAAAAAAUCUGUUGCAAAGCUUCAAGAUGAAAGAACUGUGAGGAAAAUUUGUGCACUUGACGACCACGUCUGCAUGGCUUUUGCAGGACUGACUGCUGACGCUAGAGUCGUGAUAAACAGAGCCCGUGUGGAGUGCCAGAGCCACAAACUCACAGUUGAGGAUCCAGUCACUGUAGAAUAUAUAACUCGCUUCAUAGCUACUUUAAAGCAGAAAUAUACCCAGAGCAACGGACGAAGACCUUUUGGUAUUUCUGCCUUAAUUGUAGGCUUUGAUGAUGAUGGAAUUCCAAGAUUAUAUCAGACAGAUCCCUCUGGUACUUACCAUGCUUGGAAAGCAAAUGCAAUAGGUCGAAGUGCUAAAACUGUUCGAGAAUUUCUAGAAAAGAAUUACACAGAGGAUGUUAUAGCAAAUGACAACGAGGCUAUCAAAUUGGCAAUAAGAGCUUUGCUAGAAGUUGUCCAGUCUGGUGGAAAAAACAUUGAACUUGCUGUAAUAAGAAGAAAUCAACCUUUAAAGAUGUUUAGUGCCAAAGAAAUUGAGUUACAAGUAACUGAAAUAGAAAAGGAAAAAGAAGAAGCAGAGAAGAAAAAAUCAAAGAAGACAUCCUAAGUUUUAGGAGGACCCUGGGAAUUUUUAAUGUUUUGUUGUACUGCUUGGUAUUAUUUAGUGAAAUUUUAAAAGAAAUAAGUUUCUUUGCAGCACUAACAGUGUCAUAUUUUUGUCUAUCUUUAGCCUAUCUCACAGUCAAACAUAGGUGAGUGUAAAAUCUUCUUUAAAAGGGGUUUCUGUAAUUGCUGAAAGCAGUCGUACUUCGACAUUAGCCUGCGACUUGUCCAGUAUGUUCGUUUUCUUCAUGUAUGCAAAUUCAGCUAAGAAAAUUUUUAACUUAAAAAAGUUAAUACUUUGGUGAGGUUUGUGUAUCAAAUGUCAGUUAAAGAAAUAGCUGUUCUAGGGACCAACAGUUGGCGUAAUGACUAUGUCACUGAACUCCCACAUAGUCA